AUGCCCCGACGAUCGAGAUACGACGACGAUGAAGAGCGUCUCCCUGAGGGCAUGACACGUGUCGGCUAUGAUGCCGACACAGGCGUCUAUACUUUCCAAGAUUCAGACGGUUCCUAUUGGGAGGGCGCUUCUGGCUCACGAUAUGGCCAGCUGACUCGAGUUGGCCAUGAGCUUGCGGGUGAAGACGACGAUGCACAGCCAUUUUUGCCUAGCAAUGCUCACGCUGGCCCAAAGGUAUCCUGGAGACACGAACUCAUGCCGCUGCUCAACUUUGGAGUCAUUAUUGGCGUCGCCCUGCUGCUCUUAUGGUGGUACCUCCACGUCGCCGCAGGCCCCGAUAAAGGCAGCGCGCAGGACUGUCCCAGCGGCACGAAACCCUACACUAUCCAUCAAGGGGAUACAUGUUGGGACAUUGCGGAAAGCCACAGUGUCGGUGUCGAUGACAUCUUGACGCUCAACCCCGAACUCGACUGUGACAAGCUGUCGAUCGGUUCACAGAUCUGCCUCAAGGACUGA